ACUGAAACAGCCAUAGAAACAGCCACAGAAACAGCCACAGAAACAGCCACAGAAACAGCCGCAAGAUGCCACGAUACCAUACGUACUACAACUAUGAUGAUGAUGAUGAUGAUAAUGAAAGUGAGGAAAGUUACGACGACGGCGAUGAAAGUGAUGACGAGAGUUACGACGACGACACUCUCAACCUGCACGGCUGCUCCGUCGAUGACGCCAUCACCAAACUACGAGAGUUUCUGACAGAAAAGAAAAGAGAUUACGUCAACAGUGGCAGACGACGAGUUCACCGCUUCGUUGACGUCAUCACCGGAAGAGGCGUGCACAGCGACAGGGGCUACUCCAUUGUGAAACAGAAAGUUAAAAAGUAUCUCCGGAACCGGCGCUACAGCAUGGAGUGGCAUGACAACGGGGGGUGUGUCACUAUCGACUUCUACAACUCUGGAGUCUAGAACUGUCCAAGAUUGUAGGCACACUGGGCUAACCACAGAAGCAAG